AUGCAGCCAGUGCAACCCUUGCGGGUGGCCAAAUACCAAAGAGAGACGUGUACGUCCAAAUUGGCAUUGCAUCCCAUUAUUGAAUCUGUAAUAUCCAACGGGACAACAAAUUUUAACGGGAAUUACGGUGGGGUUUACCUUGGUAUGCCCGAGUCACUAGACGCUUGCCGCCGAAAGCGUAAGUAUUCAGAGGGCCAGCCUUCUGUCGCCCCGCUUCAACAGCUGCUUAAUCAGCAUCAAGAACAGCAGCAGCCACAGCAUCAACUGAUGCCAGCUUUGGCCAGUUCACCAAAUAAUCAAACGGUAAGAUUUUUUACUUGCUUUGCAAUUCGAUUACUCUGUUUAUACGAGGGCCGUUUUGUUAUUUAUCAUGAUAUUUUCCAUAACUUUGUGGAGGCAUUACGGAUGACUUCAACGUUUUCCAUCCAGUUAACUUUGAGUUACUUGCAGCCGCUACAGAAAUUAUACACACAGCAAAAGUACAAGUUCGCAAUUACGACUGACCACCGCGAUCCCCCUACCAAGAGCAAACCUGUGGAGCAAGCGAAUGAAACAGAGGUUGAUUUGCCGGUACAAGUAGUGAAUUCAUUGCCUGUAAGUAAAACUGGAGUCAAAACGAGUAACAACAAACAAUUCAACAGUAAGACGGGCGCCCGUACAAAGCCCAGUACGGAAGGGGAAUACCAGCUCAUCAAAAAUGAGGUGCUCGUCUCUCCCUACCGAAAUCAGUACGAAGUGUUAGAAUUUUUGGGCAAAGGAACGUUUGGACAAGUUGUUAAAGCAUGGAAAAAAGGAACAAAUGAAAUCGUUGCAAUUAAGAUACUCAAAAAACAUCCAUCAUAUGCGCGUCAGGGACAGAUUGAGGUUUCUAUUUUAUCAAGACUGAGCAAUGAAAAUGCGGAAGAAUUCAAUUUUGUUCGUGCUUAUGAAUGCUUCCAACACAAGCACCACACUUGUUUAGUGUUUGAGAUGUUGGAGCAAAAUUUAUAUGAUUUCCUGAAACAAAAUAAGUUCAAUCCUUUACCACUUUCCAGCAUCAGGCCAAUUGUACAACAGGUGCUUACCGCUCUUCUGAAACUAAAACAUCUUGGAUUAAUUCAUGCUGAUUUAAAACCUGAAAACAUAAUGUUAGUCGAUCCAACGAAUCAUCCUUUUCGUGUAAAAGUUAUUGAUUUCGGCUCAGCAUCACACAGAAGCAAGGCAGUAACAAAUACCUACCUACAAUCACGCUAUUAUCGAGCUCCGGAAAUAAUCUUAGGUUUGCCUUUUCGAGAAGCAAUUGAUAUGUGGUCAUUAGGUUGUGUGAUAGCAGAAUUGUACCUUGGCUGGCCACUUUAUCCCGGUAGCAGUGAAUUUGAUCAAAUGCGAUAUAUUGUUCAAACUCAGGGACCUCCACCACUGCAGAUGCUGUCAACUGCUGCCAAAACCCAUCGAUUCUUCAAGCAGGUCAUUCACGACAAUGGUGUAGCACCUUACUGGCGCUUGAAAACUCCGGAAGAACAUGAGCAGGAAACAUCGAGCAAAUCUAAGGAGACUCGAAAAUAUGUAAAUAUUCCUACAGAUUUAGACGAAGUCGACAAAGAGUGUGAACGUAUAGAUCGUGCUGAUUUUGUAGAUAUUUUGAAAAAAAUGCUCAGUAUUGACCAGGAUAAACGAAUUACACCAGCCGAAGGCCUUCAGCAUCCUUUCGUUUCAUUGGGACAUAUUUUUGUGUAUGGUCCAACAAAAUACAAUCAAGUGGCUCAUCAAAGAAUGGAAGUUUGCAAUCGUAAUGGACGCAACGCAACACAUUCACAGUUGUUGAUGCACCGUACAACUGCCACAACGUCACAUACGUCUGCAGCUGCAGCUCCUAUGAUUAGUGCUCCGGUAGCCACUACAGUACCUCAGAAUGUGGCCUCUGCAAUACCACAAAUACAGCAGCUACAACAGGCUGAAAUUACUCAUUUAUUGAGUCAGUAUGGUGCUGCUACAGCUGCAGCAACCGUUGCUGGUACUCAAAACGGCAGUCUACCUUUUGUAUAUCAACCUUUAACAGUCUAUCCUUAUGCUGCACGCCAAGCUCCGAUUGCUAGUUUUAUGAAUCCGCAUGCAGCAGCCGGGACAUUAGUGCCACAGCUCGUUUCAAUUCCAUUUGUAGAUGGCCCCAUGUUGGCGACACAAGCCCUCCCACCAGCUCCAACAACUUGGACUCAAGCUGCUGCUACAGCUUCGCUUAUGCCAUGGACACUUCCAAAUACAACAGCUCUUUUUGCAAAUGAAUUCAUCUUACCAGCACAGCUGCAAACGACACGAAAUGUUGCUGCAUUAGCUGCAGCUGUAGCAGCAGGCAGUCCUUUUUCACAUCUUUUAGCACCUCACAUUAAACAGUAUCCUGAUUUAGCUUCGGCUGAUCCCGCUACUCUUUUUUGGAAUGAUCUUGUACAGCAGCAACAAAUGCGUGCAAGGCAGGCAUCUGCAGCUACUGCAAACGGUAAUAUAAGUCUAUCUACAAAUACGAAUCUUACAAACAUACGCAUUAGGUCAGGCACAAACGGUCUUGCGAAAGAUCCUGCAAUUAUAGCAGCUGGGCCAAGAAUGAACAGCGCGGUUUCUGGCAUAGAAACACCUCAGUAUCAGCUUGAAGCAUCGCGGUUAAGUAAUGAAAAUACCAGCAUAGCGAGUUCAAUGAGUUCAUCCCUGUUAAGCAGCAGUUCAUCUGUACUCAUACCGCCAACAACUACCGGAGUCGUGCGUAAACCAAGUGCUCGUUGUGCUGUCGUACGACCCAUGGUUGAUAUGAAGCGAGAAAUUGAUGAUGCGAACAAAGCCAACAUUCGUAAUUUAUUUCCCAGUAUGGAGUUUUCUACGCUUAAUGCUACGUUUCCACCAUUCUAUGGUCAUUGA